AUGGGUGGUGGUGGUGGUGCAGCCCACUUUCUUUUACAGAGAGCUUCGAAGAAGGUUCCGCUGGAAUCUCCAGCCAAGCUUAGGGUAUUUCGGACUGGGUUUAGGGCUUUGAGAAAUGCAGAUUCAGUGCCUCCAAGCCAUCACAUCACUCUCGAUGAAUCAACCGUCGCGAGCGCGAGAGCGAGAGCGCGCAAUUCUUUUGCGUGCUCGAAGCUUGUUUGUGGAAAUGCCCCAAUUGAGGUGUAUACCUUCAAUUCUACGCGCCGCGGGCACCAUUGGAGGGGAACUUCUUUGUCUGUAAGCGGAGGAUUUGUGAGGGCGAUAUUGUUAUGGCCUACGGAUGUGGUUAUCCUUGAUAGUCCAAAGCUAAGGAUGGAGGAUUGGACGUUAUUCAGAGUUAUGUGUUCUGGAACCUCCACGAGCCACAGCCUGGUCAGUAUGAUUUCACUUGUCCGUGGGAGAUAUGACUUGGUCAGGUUCAUUAAGGAAACCCAGGCUCAGGGGCUUUAUGUCUGCCUUAGGAUUGGGCCCUUCAUUGAGACUUUGAGAGUGAAUGGAAUUACGGCGGGGGGUUUCCAUUUUGGUUGCAUGAUGUCCCAGGGAUCAUUUACCGAUCAGAUAAUGAACCAUUCAAGGUAAGUCCCAGCAACUACUUAAUAACUUUUAGAGAUGGCGUCAACAAUAUGUAUGCAGGUUGGGCUACUGGGGGAGGAAAUUGCAGAUAUACGCGGAGCCAAAUUCGAUCGGAGAAUGUUGAGUGGAGUGAAUUGCUUGCUAACAGUCAAUCACUUACGUGGUAAAAGGUACCAACCAUGUGCCACUCACUGUCCUCAAGACUUCCGGAAAUCUCUUGGUUUUGGUUGGGGAAAUCAAUGGAAAUCCUCUCCAAAUUCCCUUGAACACCAUUUAUGUGACAGAUCUACUCUACCUCAUACUUCUAAUACAAUCACCUCCUCCAAUAAUUUUCUUCUGUAAAAAGGUGCCCCCCUGUAACAUUUAUAUGUUCUUUUUACAACAGCAAAAGAGAUGUAAUUUACUUUUGUCCUGCGCUUAUUUCAUUUUCUUUUGGAAUUUUGGGUAUUCCCACUUUCCCAGUGUUUUUAUUUGCUAUGUAUGGUACAGGAGCAUUUGAUUCGCUUAGGAAUAAAAUAAAAUCAGUCUGUCAUA